AUGUUGCAGAUGGCCGAAGAUGUUGAGCCAGAAGUUGUUCACGCUCUGGAAGGCCAUCUCAAUGCUACCGAGGAUGAUAUCCUCGAGGCCAAGGAAGCCGCCGCAAACCUGUCGCUCGAGAGCGUGCGCGAUGUAAGUGGAUCCCGAACUCGAAACGACAGCCGCGCCUGGUCUCGGUUGCUGACCGUGACGCCAAAGAUGAUGCAAAAAGUCGUCGCCAUACACGACGGUGAUCCAAACUUUCCCUACGUCACCCUCCAAAAGAUCAAGGAGUUUCUCUCAAACGAGGAGAUCAUGGAGUUCCCCGAGAAGCACGAGCAGCUCGUCCAGGAGAUGAAGCUCGAAGCAGCCCUCAUCACCAACAACAGCCCCUACGCCGAGGUUCGUGCCGUCGUCGAUAAUCACGACGACCCCAACACUCCCGUCUCCACAAUUCGCGCCUGGACCAUUGGCAUCAUGUUUUCCGUCUUCCUCGCUUUCGUCAAUCAGCUCUUCAGCAUCCGACAGCCUGCUAUUCGCUUCGAUACGAACAUUGCCCAGCUGCUCGCCUUUCCCAUCGGCAAAGCUUGGGAGCGAUGGAUGCCCAGGGUCGAGAUGGGCAUCCCCUUCACGAGGCACCGGAUCAACCUCAACCCGGGCCGUUUCAACCAAAAGGAGCACAUGCUGAUUGCCAUCAUGGCCAACACCUCCCGCAGCUUGCCCUACACAAACUACAUCAUCUGGACCCAGGUUUUGCCCCAGUACUUCAAUCAGCAGUACGCUCGCCACUUCGGGUACAUGUUCCUCAAUGGUUUCGCAACCAACUUCAUUGGCUACGGCCUCGCCGGCAUAACCAGAAAGUUCCUCGUCUACCCCUCCUACUGCGUCUGGCCCAUGUCCCUUGUCACCAUCGCCCUGAACUCUGCCCUGCACAACGAGGAGAACCAGAGCGUUCUGGGCCCCUUCAAGAAGACGUGGUCCAUGUCGCGAUACAAGUUCUUCCUCUACACCUUCUCCGCCAUGUUUGUCUACUUCUGGUUUCCCAACUACAUCUUCCAGGCCAUGUCGUAUUUUUCAUGGAUGACCUGGAUCGCCCCGACAAACCUCAAGUUGAAUAUCCUGACCGGCAUGCAGAACGGCCUUGGUCUCUUCAACCCGUGGCCCACCUUCGACUGGAACGUUGUUUGCUUCAUGAACGGAACCGAUCCCCUCAUGCUUCCAUCCUUCUCGACCUUCAACGCCGUCGCCGGCAUGUUCAUCACCGGCCUGCUCAUUCUUGUCGUCUGGUUCAAUAACCUGUGGAACACCGGCUACCUGCCCAUCAACACUAACCGAAUUUUUGAUCACUUCGGCAAGCUGUACAAUGUCUCUGCCACCCUUGACCACCGUGGCAUGUUCCAUUUGGAGAGCUACUCUGCCUACUCUGCUCCAUACAUGGGAGCUGCCAAUGCCCUCCUCUACGGCUGGUUCUUCGCCGUUUACUCAGCCGUCAUCGCCCACGUCAUUUUUUAUCACCGCUACGAAGUUUCCUUGGGCUUCAAGAAUCUCUUCAGGGGCUUCAAGUGGAAGAAGAGUAAGAAAACCGAGGGACAUCCAGCCGAGGAAAACGAAGGCGAAUACAUGGAUGUGCACAAUCGUCUGAUGGCGGCAUACCCCGAAGUCUCUGAGUGGUGGUACUUUUCCGUUCUCGUCAUCUCCGUCGUCUUUGGCGUCCUCGGCAUCGCACUCUGGCCGACCUACACCUCGCCUGCCGUCGUGCUCUAUGGUAUUCUUCUCUGCUUGAUCUUCGUCGUACCCAUCGGUGUCGUCACAGCCAUGACGGGCAUGGAGGUCACCCUCAACGUGCUCGCCGAGUUCAUCGGUGGUAUGAUCGUCGAGGGCAACGCGCUUGCCAUGAAUUUCUUCAAGUCAUACGGAUAUGUCACAUGCGCCCAUGCGCUCUCUUUCGCCAACGACUUGAAGAUUGCUCAUUACGUCAAGAUCCCUCCGCGUGUUACCUUUGCAGGCCAGAUGCUUGCCACCCUUAUUUCGACCUUGAUUUGCACCGGAAUUAUGAAGUUUCAGAUGGAUAUCAAGAAUGUUUGCACGCCCGAUGCACCAAUGCGUUUUUACUGUCCUGGGCCAAACACUUUCUUCACGGCCUCCGUCCUCUGGGGCACCAUUGGCCCUAUCAAGGUCUUUGGCAAAGAUGGCCAGUACAAAUUCCUGCUUCUUGGGUUCCCCAUCGGCAUUAUUCUCGUCAGCCUCAUGUGGUUCCUGAGGAGGACGUGGCCGAACAACCAAGCCCUGCGACAGAUCCACGUCGUUGCCGCCAUCGCGGGAUCGCUUCACUGGGCCCCUUACAGCUUCUCAUAUGCCUGGCCGUGCGUGCCCAUUGCCUGGUUCUCGUGGAUCUACAUCCGCAGCCGCUACCUGGCGUUCUGGUCCAAGUACAACUUUGUGCUAUCGGCCUCAUUUUCCGCCGGCGUCGCCAUCUCUGCCAUUGUCAUGCUCUUCUCCGUUCAGUGGGCGGGCAUCGAGAUCAAAUGGUGGGGCAACACGCAGCCCUACAUGGGGUGCGAAGGCAAGCCCUGCACGCUGUUGAAGCUGGCCAAGGGCGAGCGGUUCUACCCAUGGUGGGAUCCCAGCAAGGUCCCUGCUCCUUGA